AUGAGCGCACGUGGAACAUAUGGUCGAGGUAUUCGUGGGUACGACGAGAGCUGUAGGGGGACUCGAGCUGACUCUUCCUCACUAGGUAGUAUGAAAAAUUUGGAUAUGAGCGAGACUCCAGCUACACUUUCUGUUGAGACUGGGUCUCAAAGCCAUUUGGCUGGAGACGACGCAUUGUCCCAAGCCAUGCUAAGAGUGUUGGAAAGGGUCUCUAGACCCCAUUCUGGAUCUAGGGGCCGUGGGUCUGUUAAUAGACUGUAUAGGAAGGUACCGCUGGAAGUUCAAGGGGUUGUAUUUUCGGCAAAUUUGAUGGAGCUACCAUUUAGAGAGUUUGACUUGAUUCUAGUGAAUGAGAAACUGGUUCGGAAAGGGUGUGAGGUGUAUUUAGCCUACGUAAGUGUUUCAGUUUCUAGGGACUCUUCUAUUGAGAACAUCAGAAUAGUGAGAGAAUUUUUGGAUGUAUUUCCUAAUGAGCUACUGAGUUUACCUCUGAAUCGAGAAGUUGAGUUCGACAUUGAGCUUCUACCGAGUACAGCUCCGGUGUCCAUUGCUCCUUAUCGAAUGGCACUAAAGGAGCUUAUAGAGCUUAUGGUUUUGCUUCAAGAGCUUUUAGAUCGUGGAUUCAUCCAUCCUAGUGUGUCUCCGUGGGGGGCACCAGUUUUUUUGUGA